AUGCGACCGUUCACCGUAUGGUUCGCGUUAUUGGCGUUUUUGGUUGCAAGCGUUGCAGCUUGGGAAAAGGAAGACCAUGAAAUAUUCGAUAUUGUCUCGGAGUUAGAGGCAGCGGAGGGAAAAGGGACGACGUUCUACUCGUGGUUGGAUGUGCCACCCACAGCCAGCACCAACGAUAUCGCAAAAGCUUACAGAAAGAAGAGCAUGCUUCUCCACCCUGAUAAAAACCCUGAUGUCAAGGGUGUUCAUGAACGCUUCGCGCGUCUUGGCGUUAUCUCGACAAUUUUGAGGAACAAGGAAAGCAGGAAACGGUACGAUUUCUUCUACAAGAAUGGGGUACCGAAAUGGAGAGGUACUGGUUACUACUACUCACGCUUCCGCCCUGGACUUGGUUCGGUCAUAAUCUUCUUGACAGUAUUGACUUCUGCUUUGCAAUUCGUAAUCCAAGGGAUCAACUAUAGAAAGGAUCUAGAGCGCAUUGAACUCAUUGUGUCCCAGGCGAAGGCGGCGGCUUGGGGUCCUAAAAUGGUGCCUGUUGCAGGCCAGCGAAAAGUCCGGGUCAACCUUGGCGAAUCUCGCGACGAAGAUGGUGAAGUUACUGGCAAAAGAUGGCUCGACAUGGUUGUAGAGGACUCAUGUGUGUAUCUGCUUGAACCAAAUGGCGACAUGCACCUUAUCGACGCAUCGACUGCUGUGAAACCUUCAAUCGCCAAUACAUGGUUCAUUGUCCUGUUGAGGUCCCUCUUAAACAAACUCACAGGCGGUCGAUUACUUGACAAAGCUACAGCUGUUCCUGCCCCAGUUGGUGAAAAUGGCUCAGCUCCUGAUAUUGACACUGAUGCCUCGUCGACCACUGGUUCCGAAGCACCUAGUGGCUAUUCAACUCCUAAAAAUGGAGAAGAAAAAGUCCGCAUUGGAGGGCCAACCUCAAAGGCAGGAGGAAUGAGAAGAAAGAACGUUAGAAAGAGGGCAUAA